CACUAAAGAGAGGAAGACAGAGGACGAGAGGGGAGCUCUGGACAUCACUUUGACAUAUACUGAGCUGAGAACAGUUGGUGAAUUACGGAGUAAAUAAAAAUAGAUAAUACCUGAUUGAGGUGUAUUAUUAGGAGUGUUGCAUCUUUGCAUCAUAACUGGAAUUGUGAUAAGCCUUUUUGCCAACUGAGAAUGGGCAAAACAAAAGACUCUGGAGUGGAGGAGAGACCCAAAUGGGACAACAAGGUUCAGUACAUGUUAACAUGUAUUGGCUUUGCAGUGGGUCUUGGAAACGUCUGGCGUUUUCCCUACCUAUGCCAGAUCUAUGGAGGAGGCGCAUUCCUCAUCCCGUACCUGAUAGCACUGGUGUUUGAGGGCCUCCCCCUGCUCUAUCUGGAGCUGGCUAUAGGACAGAGGCUCCGCAUGGGCAGCAUCGGUGUCUGGACCUCCAUCUCACCGCUGCUGGGUGGAGUCGGAAUUGCCUCCAUGUUGGUGUCAUUCCUGGUGGGCAUUUUCUACAACACCAUCCUUGCCUGGGUGCUCUGGUACUUCUUUCACUCUUUCCAAGACCCCCUGCCAUGGAGCCAGUGUCCACUCAAUGAUAACCUCACAGGCUAUAAUGUGGAGUGUGUGAAGAGCACUCCAUCGAACUACUUCUGGUACCGCGAGACCCUGAAUGUCACACCUGACAUCGAGACCAGCGGCUCCCUGCAUUGGUGGCUGGUCAUCUGUCUGGCUAGCGCCUGGUGUGUGGUCUACGUCUGCUUCAUCAAAGGCAUUGCUUCCAUCGGAAAGGCUGUGUAUGUGACAGCCACAUUCCCUUACCUGGUGCUGACUAUUUUCCUGAUCCGUGGACUCACUCUGCCUGGAGCAACUGAUGGACUGGUGUACCUCUUCACCCCUGAUUGGGAGAUACUGAAGAACCCUCAGGUGUGGCUGGACGCUUUCACCCAGAUCUUCUUCUCUCUCUCGUUGGCCUUUGGAGGUCUCAUAGCUUUCUCCAGCUAUAACCCAGAGAGAAACAACUGUGAGAGGGAUGCUAUUGUAGUAGGAGUAAUAAAUAGCGCCACAUCUAUCUACGCCUCCAUUUCCAUCUUCUCCAUUCUGGGAUUUAAAGCUAACACCGCCUUCAACUCCUGCUUAAAGGAAAACAUCUUGGCUCUGACCGACCACUUUGAGUUUUCAGACCAGAACAUAACAACAAACAACUAUGAUCACUGGGUGGAGUAUCUGAAUCGCACAUCUCCAGGUGAGCUGGCCAGUGUGGACCUGAUGCACUGUGACCUGCAAACAUUCCUUGACCAGAGCGCUUCAGGUACCGGCCUGGCGUUUAUUGUGUUCACUGAAGCAGUGGUAGAGAUGCCAGGCUCGCAGAUAUGGGCCAUACUGUUCUUCGUCAUGCUCUUUACCUUGGGUUUGUCCUCCAUGUUUGGCAACAUAGAGGGAGUCCUCAGGCCCAUCAAAGACCUCAAUAUAAUGCCCAAGUGGAUGCCGAAUGAACUCCUAACAGCGGUCAUCUGCUUGAUAGCCUUCUUAACGGCUCUCAUCUUCACCUUGGGUUCGGGGAACUACUGGGUGGAGGUCUUCAACAGCUACGUGGGCUCUGUACCACUGCUAAUUAUUGCCUUCUUUGAGAUUACCGGAAUUAUUUAUGGCCGUGGAAUGAAAACUUUCAGUGAAGACAUCUAUUUCAUGACUGGGAAGAGGCCCAACAUUUUCUGGAAGGCAUGCUGGAUGGUGAUCAGUCCUGUAAUGCUUCUGGUGGUGUUGGUUGCCUACGUGGCCAUCCAGGCACAGACACACCCCUCUUAUCCCGCAUGGAACCCGGCCUAUGAACUAUUCCCAAAAACUGAAAUUAAGCAUUAUCCCGACUGGGUGUUUGCCAUAAUCAUCCUCCUCUGUAUACUACCUGUGAUUUCCAUCCCUCUGGUGGCGCUCUACCAACUGGUCUGCCCUAGGAUCAAGAAGUCCUCUGCUCUCAUUGACCUAAAUCCCUACUGCAACGACGGCUUUGAGGUUGAACCACAGGAACAGAAGAACCAGAGAGCUUAAAAAAAUGCUGCGAGUAACAAUGUUACUGCACAGAAAAAGCAUCCUGCGAAAGUUAUUACAUGAGAUCUUAAGCUUCUAUUCCUAGAGAGACUUUUGAUUUCUGAGAACUCUUCAUCUGUGCAAAGUAAAAAACUUAGUUGUACUUAAAUUAUCUUCGAAGUGACGUCAUGUCCUCUUUGAGUAAAUCAAAGUCCAGAGAGACAAAUGAGUGUUGGACGAGGCAAGGUCUAGAAAAAGUAUUUGGAUGCGUUUUUAAUUAUCCAUCUUUAUUGACCUGGUGGUUGUUGUAUUGUUUUAAAGAGUGUUUUAUGACUGAGGUUUAUCACUUAGCGUUUUUUAUAUCAGAUGACUAAGUAUAGUUUUUUCUCUAUUAAUUAUUUCCAGACACUGUACAUUACAAUUUCUUUGGGGACAUUGAAGAUCAAAUAAAUCCAUAUCACUGAUUUUAAAACCAAAAACUAAGUUUUUAUUAUUUCUGUGUCCACAUUUUGAAACAACUCUGAAGAAAAACAGACAAAACUCACAACAUAAACAUUUCAGAGACAAUCUGGAAUAAACGUAUGUAUAUAUAUAUGUAUAUAUAUCUAUACGUUUGAGUUGCUGAGGGUUUUAUGGUUGUGUAAUUGAGGCUAGCCAGUAGACUACAUCUGGAUGGUCAAGAAGUCGGCUGGGGUUAGUGACUUGUCGGACUCUGGCCAGCCUCACAUCCCCCAGAUGCUGCUGUGCUUUCCCGUCAAGAUGACGACAGCACAGAAUGGAAAGAUUGUUUUUUCACUCUUUGAUGGCGAACUGUAAAAACUAUUUCCAGCACCUGUAAAAUUGAAUUAAAGGUAGCAAUAAACAUGUAA